UAGUACGCGUGCGACCGAUAGGUAUAUUCGUCACGUGAGUCUGAUAAGAAAAUUUCGGUGCGCCUUUUGGCUGCGAUGUGUCCUUACAUAAGGCACGUGACGAAUAUAUUUAUCGGCUGCACUCGUACUCGAGCACAAUAACUUGUCGUAAAUCACCAUACACCACCAGCCAUACAGUGCCGGUGCAAAAAAAAAAAAACAUAUUAGAUCUCAACACGGAGGCAGGAGGGGGGAGGGUUCACCCGGAGCAGGCAAAAGAGGAAGAGAAAACACAAACCCACAAUCAGCCUCCUGCGUUUUGGACAGGAAUACCGCAGAUCUAUCAUUGCUCUUCCGCGGUGACGCGCCCCCUCAAAACUAACCACAAGUUUCACCACGCCACACCUAGUCUAAUCCCGCAAACCCGCCCGCUACAAAAGAAACUUGAUUCGUCAGCACUUUGCGCAAUAUCAAUUCCAGGUGUCCUCACCUGUUAAAGGGCCUGUUUGGAUGAAGUGGUUCCCUUCCGUUGGCCCAUACAAAUGACCAUCUCCUUCCUUUUAGAAAAGGCUGUUGCCAAAAGGCCGUUUGGCACACCGGCUAUCAUCAACCUAUCCGUUUCAAUGGCUGACCGUUAGCAACAACCUUUUCUACCAGUCAACCCAUUUCGCAACGGAAUGGUUGCCACUUCUUCCUUUUUUACCAAACAGGCCCUAAGAUUUCUGUGCUUAAGGAGGUGGCGCCCGAUAGUACUAGGGUGGUUAGGGCUAUGCCAAAUACUGGUUCAAAAGCACGACUGUCACCUAUUACCCUUCGGAGGGGUAUUUGUUUUUGUUUUUUCCCUGGGAGGGGCAGGGUAUUGACGUCGAUAGAUUUGCGAAAACAUGACCGUCAUUUCGCCCGCAGACGAUAUUCUGCAGGAGGAGAAGGUUCUGGUUUCCUGGAUAUUCUCCCACCUCGGCCGCUCGUGGGUGCUCGGCGAGGAUAUACGGAUGCUUGCACCCCCCUGUACGGUUCAGGUCCAGCUUUCUACGCUCUUAUCGUUGAGGCCAUAGCUGAUGGAGGGGUCAUGGUAGGAUUGCCGAGGAGGAAGCCCAGACGAUGACUGCUCAGAGUGAGAUAUUGUGGCACUGUUUCCCCGUUUGUUUAUUUGUUCAUUUGUUGAUGUGGUUGGGUAUGCGGGGGCUUAUUGUAGCCAUGCAAGAUGCCGAUAGAAUGGUUUUUGCUGGCCAGCCACCGGCAAUCAUCAGAGAGCAGGUUUCCACUCUGGCCCGCCGCACCAUCCAUGGCUUCCUCAUCUUAGAUAGCAGAAAAGCUCCCUCGACCAUUGCGAAGACAAUCCAGGAGGCUACCAAUAUAGCUGUAAGACUCAGUAAUAAGUAGAGAACUAUUUCUGGGAACCAGAUACAUAAAACGACGGAGAUAGAUGCUGAAUAACAAUCUUAGACUGUCAUACCGGCGGUAGAUUCCCGGUACUUGACGGAAUAGAUGGUUUCGGUGGGUGAUCACCGAUGAAUGGUUUUGUGAUAUCCUAUAGAGAAAAGCAGAUGUUUAUUCACAAAUAUAGACAGCCCAGGAUGAAAUGGAGAGAAAAAAACAAACAAAGGAUAAACAAGCAACGCCGCCCAGUAAUGAAUGCCAUGAGGGAACCCAAAGAAUGUCUCCAUCUUCCCGUAAACAUCCAUAGUCCAUUUCUACGGACAGCACCCAACUCGUUCUUAACGGUCUCC